AUGACACCGGACGACUUGGAAAUUGUGGAAGCUGGUAGUUGGACAGCUCUUCAUCUUGCUGCAAGAUUAAAUCUCAAAAUUGUUGAAUGCAUGGUUAGAAAGAACAAGAAACUACUUGGCUUUGUUGAAAAGUCCAGCCGUAAGAUGGCAAUUCUCUUCGCUGCUCAGCUUGACUUAUGGGAUAUCGUUCGUUAUCUCUACUCCCUCACUCCGAUCCAACACUUAAUGCCAGAGAAUGGCCCUUAUGGCGCAGGACUUGUUUGCCUUUGUUUAUAUGCCAAACAAUUUGAUAUUGCAUGGGAAUUACUUCAGCGUUGCCCACGAUUGGUAAUUGCUAAAAGUCCGUGGGGACAUCCCCCUAUAUCUGUAUUGGCUGAUAUCCCCUUUGCAUUUCCGAGUGGGACGAGGCUCAAAUUCUGGGAAAAGUGGAUCUAUGAUGGUAUACACAUACAACAUCUUCCUGCCAUCCCUGAUUUUCAUGUAAAUGUUGAAAAUCUAGAAGAGAAACUGGGCAACCAAAAUAUCAGUUUCUCAGUCUUCGGUUUCACGCAAGGGCUUUCAUCAAGCCUCCGCAAGCUUUUAGUGGUAAAACAUCUAGACACUCAAGACAUUGAUGAUGUGGUCUAUCCAGCAGUAUGCCAAGCUGUACAAACUGGGAUUAUUGAGUUCAUUAUUCGUUUAGGUAAAGUAGAUCCGGAUAUAUUGUGGCAACCCAAUUCAAUGGGAAGGAACAUAUUUCAAUAUUCAGUUGAGCGUCGCCAGGAAAAAGUAUAUAGCCUCAUAUAUGGGGUUGGUCAAAGAAAUCUUAUUGCAACAUUUGCAGAUGCUUCUGGAAAUGAUAUGCUACACCUUGCAGUGAUGCUAUCUCCAACAGAAAAACUUGAUCGUAUUUCAGGUGCAGCCUUGCAAAUGCAGAGGGAAAGGCAAUGGUUCAAGGCGAACAAGAGAAAAUUUAAGAGCUCAUUUAAAACCCUAAGGAUGAGAAAAAAAGAAAACCCAUGUUUUCGCCCUCUUGUGGGUCAGUGGCCUCCCUCCUUCCCUCCCCUUCCUCCACUCCCCCUCCCAGUUCUUCCACUCAGCUCUCCAGUUUUUGCAUUUUUUGUUUUGUCGUGUGGAAUCAGUUGUUGUCGUGACAGCUGUUGUCUUUUGGCCAUGUACCCACAAGGAUUUGGCUCCAGUUCUCAGCGUUUGACAUGGGGUUGGAGCCAUAAGGCGGGGAUGUUGCUGGGCUGCGUAGGGUUCAGGUUUAGCCGGUAUGGUGCUAUGGCUCUCUUUAAUAUGUCAGGGAGGAUACAGUCAAGUGGCUCUAAUUUUUAG